UAUUUCUCUCUCUGCCAAUAUUUUGCAGCCUCAACUCAGACUGAAAGAUAUCAGUAUACUGUCAUAAUCCACAAUACUACUACUAGUACUACUAUUAAUAAUAACAAUAGCCUUUCACUUCAUCCAAUCACACCCACAACAUCUCUUCAUUCAGUACUGUUCCUGAUUUUCACUCCUUUCUUUUCUCUUCUUUUCAUCUAUUCUUCUCCAUCCUUUCAUCUCCUUCUUUCCUCAGUCUUUACAGAAAAACAGUAAAAUAAAAAUAAAUAUAGAGUCUUGUUGUAGUGAUGGCUGAAGGAUUUGAACCAUACCAUGUCCCACAACAAAGUAGAAGAGAUAAACUUCGAGUUUUAGUUGAUGAUAAUCUUCAACUCCAAAAUUAUCCUUCUUGUUUAGUUCCUCUUUACGAUCCAUCAAUUAUAUCUUCAGAUUUGCCAAGUUUUCAAGAAAUUAAUGGCACCCCAUUUUUUUACACCCCUCAAAACCUAAGAUUUCUUGAUCAAUCUAUCCGUACUAGUGGUGAAGAUAUGGUGCAUAAUAAUAAUAAUAAUAAUAAUAAUACAAAUGGUCAAGGUUUAUCUUUGUCUUUGUCAUCUCUUCAUCACAAUACUACUAAUCAUGACUUUCUGUCAAAGAGUAGUUGUGUUCCACUUGGACCUUUUACGGGCUACUCUUUAAUUCUAAAGAGAUCAAGAUUUUUGAAACCUGCACAAUUGUUGUUAGAAGAAUUAUCAUGUGAUGUGGGUAGAGAGAUUUAUGCUGAAAAAUUAGCAGCUGAUGAUUUUAAUUUAAUGGAUCCUUCACAUGAGAAUAUUGUUGUUGAUCGACAAGAUUGUAGUAAUGGAGAUGAGCAUGGGAAGAAGAAAUCCAGGUUAAUUUUGAUGCUUCAUGAGGUAUACCAAAGGUAUAAGCAGUACCAUCAGCAGCUACAAAUGGUUGUGACAUCUUUUGAAUCUGUUGCUGGACUUGGGAAUGCAGCACCGUUUGCAAACUUAGCUUUAAAAACCAUGUCCAAACACUUCAACUGCCUUAAAAAUGCCAUCACUGACCAACUGCAAUUUACAAACGAAUCUCGUCAUGGUCAAAGAAAUUGUGAAAGAGACCCUAUCCCUAGAGUUGGCAAAGGACUCUAUUGCCAAAGACCAGAUCAAAUCCACAAUAAUGCUGGAUUUGCUGAUAGGACUCAACCUAUUUGGCGACCACAACGAGGACUUCCUGAGCGUGCAGUGACCGUUCUUAGAGCUUGGUUGUUUGACCAUUUUCUUCACCCUUACCCUACGGACACUGACAAAGUAAUGUUAGCCAAACAGACUGGGCUCUCAAGGAAUCAGGUUUCUAAUUGGUUCAUCAAUGCAAGAGUAAGACUCUGGAAACCUAUGGUGGAGGAGAUACACAUGCUUGAAACUAAGGAAGCUCAUAAUAAAGCUUCUCAAAGGGAGGGACAUAACAGCAACAACAACAACAACUCCAUUGAACAUUUUCCUACGAGUAAUUCACAUGCAGCAUGUGAAACUCCAUCUACUUCUGCACCAAGAUUACAAGACACUCCACCAAAACGAACUCGAAAUGAUUUUCCAAUGGGAAACGCAGAUUCAAUAAGUUUAUCUUAUGGCAAUUUGUCAACUGGAACGAGUGGCGUGUCCUUAACCUUGGGCCUUCAUCAGAAUACUGGGAUUGGUUUAUCGGAGCCCUUUCCGAUUAAUGCAGCUCGACGUUUUGGUAUUGAUGCAAAUAGUGACAGGUUUAUUGUUGGUGGAUUUGAAGAACAAAAUGGACAAUUCGGAAGAAAUUUUGUUGGUGGGCAGUUUUUGCAUGAUUUUGCUGGUUGAAGAAGAUUUUGGACUUCUUCAUUUCAUAAGUCUUCAAUCUAUCAAUUAACCAAAAAGGCUUCAGUUUGAUAUACUCUUCAGAAUCGCAUGACCAUCUAGGGCUGGUCCUUUGGAGGGCAGAAAAAUGUAAAUAGUAUCUUAGAGCGUUACAACGGCCAGAAUUUUGAAGAUAAACUUGGAAAUGUUCUGUUCUGCUCGGUGUAUGGUAUUCAUUUGGUAAGGUAAAUAUUGGAUAUGAUGUAAUUUACAAUGAAAUAAUUAAAAUAUGAUCACAUUUUUGUGGUGUAAAGCAGUGUUUUGAUGCUUUUCGAAUUCGGUGUAUCAAUUCCAGUUUAACUUGCAGUAUGCUCUUCAUGAUUUUUGGCUUUUGAUGAAAUUGUCAUGUAUUUAGAUC